UAGCGUUGUACUAGCAUACAUGCAUCCAUAGCUGAAAAAACUAGCCUGACUUCCCUUGUGAAGCCUGGGUUCUAUUCCUGUCAUACGCAUCGGCCGACAAAAGCCAUGAGGGGUUUUCAACUACUUUUUGUAGUGGCAUUGCUUAUUGGGGAGUUGCACUACGCAAGAACAGCAGCACCAGCAGAUGCGCCGGAGGCACAACCACAAUCUCCCGAACCACCAGCAGAUCAGCAAACCCCACCACAGGCACCGGGGCCAACGCCGCCGCCACGGCGACGAGGAUCGCCACAUCGACGACCACCACCACCACCACCGUCAAAGCAGGAUCCAGCACCGCCGCGGUUGGUUGUACCACCACAGGAGCCUGGGGUGGCAGCACCAGCACCACCUGGAAUGAUCAACCGCACUAUGGGCUGUACUACUCUUCUUGUACUCGGGGACUCAACAGUGGACCCUGGAAACAACAACCAUCUCUCUACGACAGCCAGGGCAAAUUUCUUGCCCUACGGCUUGAACUUCUUCGGCCGGAGGCCGACCGGCAGAUUCUCCAAUGGACGGUUAGCCACAGAUAUGUUAGCGGAGAGGCUAGGUAUAGGAAGGACCGUUCCAGGCUUUUAUGACCCAAAUUUGAGGCUGGUCCAGCUCAGUAGGGGUGUGAGCUUUGCAUCAGGAGGUUCUGGAUACGACGACAGCACUGCCAACAGAUUAAAUGUGGUAUCAUUCACCGCACAACUGCACAAUCUUUUCCGUUACAAGCUACUCAUCCGAACAUUGCUCGGACCAAGAAGAGCAGAGCGACUUGUUAACAGGGCUACCUUCGUCAUAAGCACUGGUACCAAUGAUAUGCUUAAUAUCUAUCUUGCAUCAAAUCGCUCGACUGCAAUUAGUACGGCCGUGUACGAGAAUUACCUGAUAGCACGUGUUGCUAAUUAUACCCAGGUCAUGAGAAUGCUUGGAGGGAGGAGAUUUGUCUUUGUUGGACUGCCACCAUUGGGUUGUUUACCAAUUGUCCGAACAUUUCUGGGCACGGGAUCAGAUAGAUGCGACGACAACUUAAAUCAGCUUGCGACUUCAUUCAACUCGAAGCUAGUUCAGCUAUUGAAUUUUAUAAAUUAUCAAAACCAGAUAAAAACUUGUUACAUAGACACGUAUACAAUCAUCCAUGACGCAACAGUGGAUCCUAAGAACUUUGGCCUAUCAGAGGUAUCAAGAGGGUGCUGCGGAUCGGGGGUCAUUGAAGUUGGGCAAACAUGCCGAGGGCGAAGAACGUGUGGAGAUCCUACCAAGUACUUAUACUGGGAUGCUGUCCAUCCAACAGAGAGAACCAACCAACUUAUCACAAAUGUGAUGAUGGAUUCUAUUAGACAACUCUAUAACUAA